AUGGCGUUAACAGAAUGGGAUUGCUUGGCAUUUUGUACAGAACCAGUUUGUGCAAGUUUAGCUAACGUUCUUGGCAGUUGGGACAACCUACCUUCUCCUUUACCAUCUGAUAUUAAAGAAUACAAACUUUAUGAUGUGGAGACCAAAUACGGUUUGCUUCAGGUUUCUGAAGGCUUGUCGUUUUUGCAUAGCAGUGUGAAAAUGGUCCAUGGAAAUAUUACUCCUGAAAAUAUAAUUUUGAAUAAGAGUGGAGCUUGGAAAAUUAUGGGCUUUGAUUUUUGUAUCCAGUCGACAAAUCCAUCUGAACAGGAACCAAAGUUCCCUUGUAAGGAAUGGGAUCCAAACUUGCCAUCCUUGUGUCUUCCAAAUCCUGAAUAUCUGGCACCAGAAUAUAUUCUCUCCGUGAGCUGUGAGACAGCCAGUGAUAUGUACUCUCUAGGAGCUGUUAUGUAUGCAGUGUUUAAUAAAGGGAAACCAAUUUUUGAGGUCAACAAGCAGGAUAUUUAUAAAAGCUUUAGUAGACAGCUGGAUCAGCUGAGCCGUUUAAGCUCCAGUACUCUUCAGAAUAUACCAGAGGAGGUGCGUGAACAUGUAAAGCUACUCCUAAAUGUAGCUCCAGCAGUCAGACCAGACGCAGAUCAAAUGACUAAGAUACCAUUCUUCGAUGAUGUAGGAGCAAUGACGCUUCAGUAUUUUGAUUCAUUAUUUCAAAGGGAUAACCUUCAGAAAUCACAGUUUUUUAAAGGGCUACCAAAGGUCCUGCCAAAACUACCUAAGCGUGUUAUAAUUCAGAGAAUUUUGCCUUGCUUGACUUCUGAAUUUGUGAAUCCUGAUAUGGUACCCUUUGUCUUGCCUAACGUUCUCCUAAUUGCUGAGGAAUGCACCAAAGAAGAAUAUAUCAGGCUCAUUCUGCCUGAUCUUGGUCCUGUUUUUAAGCAGCAAGAACCAAUCCAG